CACCUCUAUUUUAUGCACCUUCCACACUCAUUCUUUCUCUCAUAACCCCCUAAGCUUACUAAGCAAAAAAACAUAUCAACAUGGAAAAUGAUUCUAAUGAAAAUUUCCUUAGCACAUCAACACCAACAUCUUCUAACUCAAAUUCAUGCACACCUCAAAAUAAGUGUAAGAAAAGAGAGAGAAACAAUGAAAAUGACACAAAACACCCUACAUAUAGAGGAGUAAGAAUGAGAGCAUGGGGAAAAUAUGUAUCCGAGAUCAGAGAGCCAAGAAAGAAAUCAAGAAUAUGGCUUGGAACAUACCCUACAGCUGAAAUGGCAGCUAGAGCUCAUGAUGUAGCUGCUUUAGCCAUAAAGGGUCAUUCAGCUUACCUUAAUUUUCCUAACUUGGCUCAAAAUCUUCCAAGGCCUUCAACGACAUCACCUAAAGAUAUUCAAGUUGCAGCUUCAAAAGCAGCAGCUAUGGUUUUUGUGGAAAUUAAGGAUUCUUGUCAAGGUGAAAAUGGUCAAGAUCAAGUUUCAAUUUCAAUAGAGAAUGUUCAAGACUGUAAUUCUAGUUCUCCUUCUUCUACUACUACUACUAAUAUUACAAAUGACGAUGAUAAUGAUGAUACACUCUUUGAUCUACCAGAUCUUUUUCCUGAUGGAAAAAAUGGACUUGUUUCUUAUUCUUCUUCUUGGAAUUUAUGUGCCGUUGAUAGUGGACUUCGGCUCGAUGAGCAAUUUUUAUCGUCGUGGGAGUAUUACUAGUGUCGUCUUCUUCUUCGGCCCGAUAUCGCGAUAUCAAGUUUUUUUUGUCAUUGUAGGCGAAGAUUCGACCUUAAUUUUAACUUACAACAUCUGCAUUUGAUCAUAACUGUUCAUACAAUAAUGCUAUCAACACACUCUUUUCAAUAAAUAUUUUUUAAUAGGUUGAAAUUCAGAUGAAUCGAAUUAUAUUUAUGUUAGACCUAUGUGAUUUAAUGAAAUUCAUUUGAAUUUCAAUCUAUUUCUUGUUGAGAAGAUUGUAUUAAAAAAUGUGUUCGCAUUAUUCUUCUUGUUUAUAAUGUUGAAGAUUGCGACAGGACCACGACCA